UUGCAUCUGGGAAGGGGCAGGAGACAGCAGCCAUGGGCUACCUUGGUUCAGCUUUCAUAUCCCUGUGCUGUUUCAGCCUGUCGCUGAGCAAAAGAUCAGAGUAUCAGCUGGAAUCUCAAUCCUUGAGCCAGUGUGAGCUGUUGAGAGACGAGGGAUCAGUCCAAGGUGGAGAAUUCACCCCUCAGUGCUUAGAUGACGGUCGAUUCAGGAAUAUCCAGUGCAGCAGAGAUGGCUUGAUGUGCUGGUGUGUGACUGCUAAUGGCACUGAAGUUCCUGGGACCAAACGGAAUGGCUCCACUAUCCACUGUUUAUCCUCAUGUGAGCUCCACAGGCAGCAGGUGCUGCGGAGCGGGGAAGCUGUGUUUCUUCCGCAGUGCUCUGACUCCAGGGAGUACGAGCCUGUUCAGUGUGACAGCACUCGGAGCCAGUGCUGGUGUGUGGACGCGGAAGGCAUGGAGAUCUACGGCACGCGACAGAAUGGGCAACCAGUUCGCUGUCCUGGGGCCUGCGAGGUGAGGGACCGGCGUCUUCUCCAUGGUGUCGGUGACAGCUCUCCUCCACAGUGCACCGCCAGUGGCGACUUCCUCCCCGUGCAGUGCAAGUUUAUUAACACCACCGACAUGACGGUCUUCGACCUCCUUCACACUUUCAACAGGUUUCCAGGAGUGUUUCAGACAUUCACUGGGUUUAGAAAAAUGUUCCCGGAGAUCUCUGGUUACUGUUUCUGUGCUGACAGCAGAGGCAGAGAGCUGGCAAACACAGGGUUGGAGCUGCUGUUAGAUGAGGUCUAUGACACAGCUUUCUCCGGACUGGAGCCAGGGCCGUCCUUCACAAAGUCCAAUAUGUAUCGGAUCCUCCAGAGGCGGUUUCUGGGAAUCCAGUUAGCCAUGAGUGGAAGAUUUAGAUGCCCAACCCAAUGCGAAAGGGAAUGGAUGUCAGCGACGCGUGCAGGGAAUGUUCAUGUGCCCUCCUGUGAUGAGCGUGGCCAUUAUGACCCAGUGCAAUGCCAAGCAGGAGGUCAUUGCUGGUGUGUGGAUUCUGCUGGGAAAGAAAUCCUGGGAACAAGGAUGCAAGGAGGGAUCCCUGAUUGCAGUGAUGGAAUCAAAGACUGCCCCUCAGAGAGACGGCAAGCACUCUCAAGACUCUUUUACGGUCCUUCUGGGUACUUCAGCCAGCAUAACGUAUUCACUGUGAAACAGGCUGAUGGAAAACUAAGAGCCAGCUUCCUACGUCCGUGCAACCCAGAAGUUAGGGAACUGUUUGUGAAGUCAGGCCUGCUUCUCACUUUACCUGAGUUAACAAACUCCAGCUUUGGGACUGUGGUUGGAGAAAUCUUUCAGGGAAUCUUCCCCUCCAGAGAAAUGGCUCUCAAAGCCCUAAGAUUUGCCACCAACCCCAAAAGACUUCAGGAAAACCUUUUUGGAGGAAAGUUUUUGAAGAAUAUAAGGUAUUACAACUUCACUGGUGCUGUUGGGCCUAGUGGUACUUUCAAUUUCAAUGAAACAUUCCAACAAGUGGGUCUAAAGCAGUUUAGUGGAGACUUUGUCCAACUUGCUAAAAUCUUUUCCUCUGAAACUGAUUCAAAGCCGUUGUACCUUGAUCAGAAAAUAAUAGACAGCUUUGGGAGGAAUGUAAAUUUGAAGGACAACCAAAAUUUAGUUGAGCUUGUUGGGAUGAUUCUAGAGAAUGAGCAGUUUGUAACUACACUACGAGAUAUCAUCUCAUUUUUGAGAGUAGAGGACAGUGAAGAUUUCAGCAGCUUUUUUCAGGCUCUUCUCCAGAAUACAGAACCUGAAGUUUGUGAAAGAGACUCUUCGGUUUUAUUUGUACCACAGUGUACCAAACGUGGACAGUAUGAGGAAGUCCAGUGCCUUGGUUCUACAUGUUGGUGUGUGGACCCUCAGGGUAAAGAAAUACCAGGGUCCCGCUCUGAAGGACUAAAGCCCAAGUGUCCUUCCAAAUGUGAGAAAGAGCGCCAAUCAGCCAUUUUAGUAAAAGCAAGCCAGUCUGCAGGAUCAGAGUUAUUUAUCCCAAAAUGUGAGGCUGAUGGGAGCUUCAUGCCACUCCAGUGUUCAGGCAGGACCUGCUCCUGUAUGGACAGUGCUGGAAUGAAAAUUACUAGAACAACAUUAGGCCAGCCUAUACAAUGUCCAUCUGUGUGUCAAUUAGCGGGAGCUCAGAAGUUUUUAAGCACAGUUCAGUCUCUCCUAUCCAGUCCCACCACAGCACCACAGCUGUCUGAUGUCUACAUUCCCCAGUGCAAUGCAGAUGGACGCUGGCGUGAAGUUCAGUGUGAUGGACCUCCCGAGCAAGUCUUUGAGUUUUAUCAAGAGUGGAUUAAGCAGAAUAACGCAGGGGAAGAGCUAUCUGUCCUAGAUGUGGUCAACAUAAUGAAGGGGUAUCAGAAGCUUCCAGAGGCCUUAGCAUCUUUCAGAGGUUUUGUGAAAGAGCUGUACAGUGCUGGACACCAGAAGGUCUUCCCAGUUCUUUCCAGAUAUGCCUCUUUUAGUGAUGUGCCCGAACAGAUUUUGGAAGGCAGUAGGAAUUCUAUCUCUGGCAGCUCGGUAUUGCUCAAUCCACUCACUCUGUGGCAGUUGCUCCAUGGGAAUUCUACCCAGUACCCAGGCCAGUACUCUGACUUCAGCUCACCUCUGGGGCACUUUGAACUCCGACGGUGUUGGUGUGUCAAUAAGAAUGGAGAAAUGAUCAUGGACACCAAGGUGGGCAUCAAUGAGAUUCCGACAUGUCCAGGACCCUGUAGUGUGGUGAACCAACAGGUGGCCCGGUUUCUACAGGAGGCGGAGGACAUCAUCACCGAUUCCAACAACUCUCGCAUCCCCUUUGGCUUCAGCUUCCUGCAGGCAAAGGGCCUGCAGCUGACUGAGCGAGAACUUCUCAUCAACCCAGACUCCUUCGAGUCAAGCCUGAACUUCAACGAGAAGCUGCUGAGUAACAGUGACUCUGCACUGCGGCUGGCCGUGCACACAACAUUGCAGUUCUACUGGAGGACUCAUUUUAGUUCUGCGUUGAACCAGAGAGAUGGGUUCCUUCUUGGUUAUCAGCCUUACAGGCCUCAGUGUGAUGCCCAUGGUCAAUGGCAACCUAGUCAGUGUUACUUCAGUACAGGACAGUGCUGGUGUGUGGAUGAAGAAGGGAGCUACAUUCCAGGGUCUUUGACCAGCAGAUCCAUUCAGCUGCCACAGUGUGGAACCUUGUGCCAGAGAUCUCACACUAGAGCUGUGGUUUCUAACUGGAAACUUUCAGCCACUGACCCUAGUGCCAUGGCAACCACAGUAAUCAACCCCUCUUGUCAGAAGAAUGGGGAAUUUACCAUCCUGCAGAAUGGAGACAGAGAAAAUGGAUCUGUUUGGUGUGUCAACCCACUUACAGGAAAACCAAUUCAGCCUGCUGCCCAGAACAAGGCUGGAAGCCCUCAGUGCCCCGGUUGGUGUGAAAUGCUGAAGAGUCAGGUGCUCAGAAGAGACAUUGGGACUGGCUAUGUCCCUGAAUGCCAGGAGGAGGGACAGCUUUUCUCUUCUGUGCAAUGUGACCAGAGCAGCUGCUGGUGUGUCUUUCAGAAUGGACAGGAGGCUCCUGGGACAAGACUCAGACAAGUCUCUGGGCAGACUCCUAAAUGCGACACUCCUCAGUGCCCACUACCUUUUGGGGUGCCUGGCAUCAACAACGGUGCUGUCUUUUGCAAGGAUACUCUUGAGAAUGGACAGAGAAGGCAGCAGUGCCAGUUGACCUGCCACCAAGGUUACCAGAACACACUUCCUGAGAGCCGUUUCCUCUGCGAUGUGGUGACCAGUAACUGGCUUUCAGCACAACCACUUCCUGAUGCCUGUCAAAAGCCCCAGGUGUUCCAGGCGGUCGAGGCACACACCACUUUCCAGCUCUCCCUGGCUGAGGGGAAGAAUACAUGCAGAGCAGUGCGGUCUCCCUUUCAGUCCUCUCUCCUCCAGCAUCUGAGGGGCCGAGGCCUGUGCAGCCUCCAGAUGAACUCCAUUGGAAAGUCAGUCUCUGUUUCAGUCUGUGAUGAAUCAACUGUAACCUUGGAAUGUUUGAGUGCAAAGCGAAUGAGAGCAAACAUCACAUGGAAAGCACAGCUGGGAGACAUCCCCACUGAGGCACUCCCUGAUUUGCAUGACAUUGACAAUGCUUUUGUCAGUAGAAAUCUGGUGAAAGGCAUCAUUGACUUAAUCGGAAGUGGUGUCUUUUGGCCUGUCCUGGACUCAGAACCAUUUCCACCUGAUGUGUCCUAUAACUUCGUCCCAGAGGUGCAGUUUGGAUGCACACAAGGGUAUCGACCACUUCUGGGUGUCAGAGGAUGUGCUAUUUGCCCAACCGGCACUUUUGCCAGCGAUGCUGUUUGCACUCCUUGCCCACAUGGGUCCUAUCAGGACCAGGAAGGAAGUCAUUUCUGCAAGCAAUGUCCCCAGGGCUGGUCUACAGGCUCCACAGGAGCUUUCAAAGCCACACACUGCCUUACAGAUUGUCAGAACAACCCCCUUGGCUUGGAGUGCACUGAAGAAGGAGCAUACAGAGAAGCCCAGAGAGAUGCUGCAUCUGAAAAGUGGUUCUGUGUCACUGACCGUGGGGAGAAGCUGAACUGGACAGUAACUAUGGAAACCCUUACAGUGUCUCAGUGCAAAGUAAUGCAGAAAUUUGAAGAUGUUCCUAAGACCCAGUGGAUUCUGGAUUCUAACGAUGCUGUCAUUAUGAGUUCCAAGACAUCAAAUGAAAGUCUGGAGAGCUAUCUGAAGACAUGUAUUGCAGAAUGUGCAGCUGAUGAAUCAUGUCUUCACCUGGCAGUUUUUACUGAAGGAAGCACGGCUCAUUGUGAUUUAUAUAGUACAUCCAAUGCUAAUAUCAAAUGCACCACCUCUGAAAAGGCCACAGGAUUUCUCGGAAAUUCGGUUACGGAUGUGUACGAGAGUCUUACCUGUUUAGUAAAGGUACAAGAUGGAGGUGGCCAAGGCCUUAUAGUGUUAAGAAAGAAGGGCCAUGAAUUCACCACAAGGUCCCAGAAAAUGUUUGAGAGACAAGAUUUUCACAAGGCAGGAUCUGGAGUCUACCAGACUUCAGUUUUUGAAGCCAGGGGGGUGUCACUAACAGAUGUGCACCAUUUUUGCCAAGAAGCCUGCAACCAGGAAACCUGUUGUGAUGGAUUUAUAUUGAAUCAGAACAUUCUGAAUGGAGGCACUAUCAUGUGUGGGCUCCUGAGCUACCCAGAUGUGUUUCUCUGUCGCGAUCAGGACUAUGAUGAUGCUGCUGCUCAGACUGGUGGGAAACGUGUUUGUGGAGCAGGGGUGAAAUAUAAUAAACUGAGGAAGCAGUUUACAUUCAGCUUCGGAGGGCAGAACUUCACACUCAAUGACAUGGCCUUGCCAGCCACAAGCAAAAAUAAAACAGAUUACCAAGCCACCUUAAUCAGCUUCCAACGAGUUUACCUCUGGAAGGAUUCUGAUAUGAAUACUCGUCCAAAAUCAGCACCAGGAUGUGCUAGUAUUGUGCCCCCUGAAGGAAAGAUCUUAUUAUCAGAUACUGUGCAAGAGGCAUUUACACCAGUGGAAAGCAGCAAUGUUCUUGUGAAUCCAACUCAAGAUAUUGGGCACCAACAGUACUGGAUCUUUAAGCAUGAGUUCUCAGCACAGCAGGCUCAACUUUGGUGCUUAAAACGUUGUGAAGAAGAAGAGUUCUGUAAGGUGACAGAUUUACAGGACAACGACACUCUCCAUUUCACCUGCACGUUGUAUCCGGACACUCAGAUCUGCGGUUCCUACAACAAACCGAUUCAGCGGUCCUGCACCCUUGUACUGCCAGUGGAGCCUCAGAGUGUGCACCGAAAAAAGAUUGAGUUGACAGGCCGUGUGAAGAACUUCUACAGACGAGUGCCAUUCACAAAGCUGGUAGCAUAUUCAGUGCGGAACCGUGUCAACCAGACAGGAAAGCCCGUUACCAAUGGGUUUAAUGAGUGCGAGCUACGCUGUGAUGAAGAUCCAUGCUGUAAAGGAUUUGGGUUCGUCAGAGAUUCUCAAUCCCCUGGAAAUGAGGUACUGUGCUUGACGCUGAACAGUAUUGGAGUUCAAACAUGCAGUGACCAGGAGAAGACCACUUGGCGGGUUAUGGAUUGCAGUACGUCCAAAGCAGAAUCUAAUGUCCUCCCAUUUGGAUUCUAUAAGAAGCCAGUAAACCAAUGGAACCACAAUCCUAAAGCUUGUCCUGCUUUCCAUCUCCCAUCUCCUUACCAGUCACAGAAUGCUGUGUUGAGUGCCUGGGAAUUUCUAGAUUUUUCCUCUGUUGCAAUUGACCCCUCCAUCUCAGAGUACGAUGUCAUUCACUUAAGUAAAGACAUCACAGAGGAUUUCAACAAAUCCAGAGAUUGGUGCCUGUCAGCAUGCACAGAGAACGCUUCCUGCGCAACGGUGACUGUGGACAUAACCGACUCUGCGGUCCGUUGUGUUUUCUACCCUGACACACACCGCUGCUCCCCAAGUACGCUUGGCCAGGAGUGCAAACUGCUCCUCAGGGAGCAAGGCCUCCUGGUCCUUCACAAAAAAAACUUCAAACCCAGAUUGACAUCAGUGUUCAUCCCAGACCACGGAAUGGUUCUUGGUGAAUCACAGUUGAAACUGCUGGGAUCGGACAGAAAGGAAGUGAACCACUUUCUGGGUGUGCCUUAUGCUCUUCCUCCAACGGGAAAUAACCGCUUCAGGCCUCCACAGCCUCCCCAGUGGACAGACACUUGGAAUGCUACUUACACUAGGCCCAGUUGUUUACAGCCCGGUGAUGACCAGACAUUGGCGGCAGAUGAAGACUGCUUGUAUCUGAACAUCUAUGUCCCUCGCAGCAUUAGAGAUAAUUCCUCGGUUCUCAUAUUUUUCCACAACCCUGUGAGAGAUGCCAGCAAUACUGGACAAGACCCACUGGAUGGCUCUUACCUUGCAGCAGUUGGGGACAUCAUUGUUGUUACAGUCAGCUUCAGAGUCGGGGCAUUUGGAUUUCUCAGUGCAGGUUCGGAAGCUGCCCCUGGGAACUACGGUCUUCAGGAUCAGGUGCUGGCUCUGAGGUGGAUCCAAAGCAACAUCGGGCACUUUGGUGGGGAUCCUGGGAAGGUGACUCUGGGGGCUGAGCGGAGCAAUGCAGACAUUGCAAGUUUGCUUCUUACUUCUGCUGUCGCUCAAGGACUUUUCCACAGAGUGCUGCUUUUGGGUGGCACUGCAUUUUCUCCAGCUUCUGUUAUCAACAGCUUCAAAGCCAGAGAGAAAACAACAUCUCUGGGCACUGAAGUGGGCUGUUCCUCUACUGACCAUGACCAGCUCAUAUCCUGCCUACGAACUGUACCAGCCUUGACCCUCAACGCAGCACAGACUAAACUGCUUGCUGUCAGUGGCCCUUUCCAGGCUUGGGCCCCAGUGGUGGAUGGGAUAUCUGUCCAGGAACCUCCCUCUACAGCAUUUCACAGCUCACGCUUCCACAAUGUUGACUUAAUGAUUGGCUCUUCAGCAGAUGACGGGCUCAUCGGUAGAGCAAAACGCAUUAAGAAAUUUGAAGUACUGCAAGGGAGAGCCAGUAGUAAAACUGCCUUCUAUGAAGCUUUAUCGAAUUCCCUGGGUGGAGACGACAGCAACUCGUUUGUGAAAGACGCAGCCACAUGGUUUUAUUCCUUGUUGCACGACCCCUCUCCUGUGGGCUACAAUGUGUUCUCACGAGCGCUGGAGAACGCCACGCGAGACCUUUUCAUCAUCUGUCCUAUUGUGAAGAUGGCCAGUUUCUGGGCAGCCAACACAAGAUCCAAUGUGUUUAUGUACCAUGUACCAGAAGACAUAACACAGACCAGCACUGACUUUGCUGUACCUAUGGAUGUUCAGCUUGUGUUUGGUCUCCCUCACCAUCCCAACACUCAUCAGCUGUUCACUGAGGAGGAGAGAAGCCUGUCCCUAAAGAUUAUGCACUACGUGGUCAAUUUCAUUAAGUCUGGGAACCCCAACCACCCUUACUCAUUCUCCAAACUGACACUUAGCGAAACUCUUCCCCCCUGGCCUCGAUUCCUGGCACAUCCAGAAGGAGACAACUACAAGGAGUUUGCCACAUCCUUGGACAAUCGCAAAGCACUAAGAAAAAUGGAGUGCUCCUUCUGGACUGACUACAUCCCAACUCUGACAGAGUCCACAAGACAGUUUUCCAGUGGAAUUUCAAAUGAAGAGGCUAACACACUGGCAGUCCCUACAGUAGAAACAAAAUUAAUUGGACUUUUUGGUACAACAGUAACCCAGAGCAAACCAAAGUCUGAAAAGGACACUUACAAUUAGAUUAUUGUAAUCAAUGAGUUUGCAAACUUGAUAUUUUAUCAAUGAAUAUACACACUACUUCAAAUUCUGCUUUAUUCUAUAACACAUUUCUUCAGAUCACACCUUGCUGAGUGCUUUCCGUCUGUUUGACUGAUACUAAAUGAUUAACUUAAAUUACUGUACACAGUACUUAUUAAACCAUUUCAAUUGUAUCCAUUUCAUUACAACAAUAAAAAUGUAU